AUGGUCACCGUCAGCAGCGCGAGCAUCGAUAUGAGCACCGCCGUCAGAAAUCCCUCCGGCAGCGGUCCAUUCCCGGCCAUCAUCAGCAUCGGCGGCGCCGGCAUCCCCAUUCCAGCCACCGUCGUGCAAAUCACGUUUGGCAACGACGCUUUCGCCGUGCAGAAUGACCGGGGCAGCAGGGCUCAAGGCCUCUUCUGCAACCAUCUUUUUGCCGGCGGGUUAGGGGUGCGAGCAGGAUUAUCAAUGGCCUCAAGCAACUCGGUGCUGCGCAGACGGGCAUCGACAGCCUGGCUUGGCGUGACCGGGUGCUCGGGGAACGGAAAGGUCGCCUUCGUCGUGGGCACCCUCGAAAAGAGGAUCGCCCUAAUGAUCCCGCAGGAGUCGGGCUCGGGCGGGUCCGCGUACUGGCAUAUCUUGGGCAGCGAAAAUAGCAAGGGCAAGGCAAUCCAGAUGUCUGGUCGUUAG